AUGUGGUUCCUGCUCCUGUAUUUUCAAAUAUCAGCUAUUCAAGGUCUCAAUGUGACUUUGCGUGGAUCCGACAGCCCUUGUAAAGGCCGGCUAGAGGUGUAUCAUGGCGGUAAUAAGCAGUGGGGCUUGGUGUGUCAUUACGGGUGGAUAAAAGAAAAUGGAGAGGUUGUGUGUAAAUCAAUAGGGUGUGGAAAUCAUAUGCACUCUGAUGUAGAAAGGACCCGCUACAAAGAUCCACUUCUACCCCAACAAUAUUGGAUGGAUGAAGUGAAAUGCACAUCUAAAGAAGAGAGCCUUUGGAAUUGCCUAUAUGUUGGCAUAAAUGCAAAAGAAAAGUGCGAUGGAAGUAGUUUUGUUGCUGUUGAAUGCUCUGGAGAAGUUACACUGAGUUUGAAUCUGAACGGGCAGCGUGAUAAAUGUGCUGGUGUGGUGGAGUUCUCGACACCCAACGGCAUCUUUGGGGUCUGUAAUGAUAAAUGGGAUGAAAGUAAAGCAAACCAGAUAUGUCAGGAGCUUGGUUGUGGAGAUCAUCAUUACAUCCCCAAGCUUGGAAUGUUCAAAGGACAACAGAGCAAACAAAAUGUAUUGCUUAAUUGUGUUGGCAAUGAGCAGUACUCUUGGCAGUGUAUGGAGCGGUUCAACUGCCAGGAGCGAGCCAGUGUGAUCUGCAGCAAUCACACCAGGUUCCGUCUACAGAAUGGCAGCAAUGUUUGCUCUGGGUUGGUGGAAGAGAAAACUGUCAAACAAAACUCAUGGAAUCCUCUUCAGCAGACCAACGUGAGGCCUGAAGUCAUCUGUAUGCAAAUGAACUGUGGUUCCACUGGAAACUUUACAAGCGCUAAUGGAACUAACAGACUGACGUGCUCAGACAGCGUGAAACUCCACAACUUCACAACAGAGUGUUUUGGAGAUGUUUCCAUUGAUGUGAAUGGUGCUAACUAUGAAGUGUGCUACAGUGAUCAGUCCCGUGAAGAUAUGGGGGCGGUGGUCUGUCGAGAGCUUGGCUGUGGUGACAUAGUGCUUGUGAAAAAGGGCUCCGUUACUUCUAAUGGUUUGCUGAGUAAUGUUGAUUGUCAGGGCGAAGAGCGGUCACUGUGGCAUUGCCUGGCAAAUCAUGAGAAAAAACGUUGCAAGGGAACCAAAGUUAUAUGUUCAGGCAGCUUGGAUGUACGUUUGAGUGAUGGUCUGGGUGACUGUUCUGGACGUGUAGAGGUGAAAUGGGAAGGCUCAUGGAGGCCCAUUGGCUCUGACAGUACCACUAUGAAUUCAGACGUGGUGUGUCAACAUCUCAACUGUGGUACAUCCAUUCAAAUAAAUAGAGAACUUUUCGUUGAAGGAGAAAAGGAGCCACAGGACUGGCUGUGGAAUGUCAGGUGUAGAAGCUCUUCAGCAAAGCUCCAUGAGUGUUUCGAAAAUACUGACUUGAGGCUACCAUAUCAAAACGAGAAAAACAUUGAAAUCAUUUGCAAAAAGGAAGAACUUAAGUUCUUUGAAGGCAAUUCUCCCUGCGAGGGAAAAUUGUGCAUUGAGCAAUUUGAUGGUAAGACUGAUUGGCUGCCUGCUGAACCAGAGGAAGAGAAUAAGAAAAAAGCCACUGACAUAUGCAAGGCAAUGCAUUGUGGAUCUCUGGUCUUCUUUGAAACGGAGCAAAACACCACACAUGCCAAAGUCACAUGUUCAGGUACACCUCGAGUGGCACUUCAAAACCCACUUGGAGAAAAAUGCUGGGGAAUGGUGAAGGUCUGCGGAGAUGGCAGGUGUGGAGGGGUUUGCAGCAGCACUUGGAGAACAAAUGAAGACUCCAAAAUGAUCUGUGGGAACCUGGGCUGUGGAAAUCCAAUUCAGGCCCAGUUACCACUUCAGAUAAAUAAUCGACCUGCCACUUACCAUAGUGUGUACUGCUCAGAAAAAGUACGAAAUAUGAACAUGUGCAAUUUUAUUCACAACAACAACUCCACCUGCAAAUCCCUAGCCCAAGUGGUAUGCGCAGACAGCGUCAAAGCUAGACUGGAGGAUCCAAGAGACAAAUGCGCUGGAAAAGUGUCACUGUUUUACGCUGGGAAUUGGACACCCAUCUGCCAAGACAGUCUUGAUACAAACCUUAAAAAUGCAAUCUGCAAGGAACUAUUUUGUGGGACGAGCAUAAAGGACACAUAUGAUUUGAUUUCGCUUGAAGAGUCUAAAUCCAGAGGACUAUCAAGAAUUACAUGUCUGGAUAGUGCCAACUCUGUUUCCAAAUGUGACCUCAAAGGGAUUUCAGAGAAAGAAUGUAUUGUUGGCUAUCUGAAAUGCACAGAUUGGGAACGAUUGCUCCUCUAUAAUAAGGAAGGUGAAUGCAGUGGUCCAGUAUAUGGUCUGCGAGAUGGGAACACACAGCAAGUCAGCGGGCUUGGAUGGGGCAGAGAGGAAGGACAAAAGCUGUGCGAGUAUCUACAGUGUGGAAAUUACAUAUCACACUCCACUAUAAUCAAAAACACGAAAGACUGGUGGAAGAAGACCUAUAAUUGCUCAGGGAAGAAUAAUAUUUGGGAAUGCGAGAGCAAUGAUCAGCCCAUCCAGAAUCAGCAGCAGUUAAACAUCCAGUGUGACCGUAAAUCUCCGAACAUUAUGCUCUCAAACAACUGCACAGGCGAGGUGCUCAUAGAUAAAGAGCAUGUUUGUGCAUCCCAGUGGGAUGAUGGGAUGUCCAACAAGUUAUGUGACAGCCUCAAUUGUGGUAAGGCCAUCUACAGCUGGCCCACAGUCUCUGCUAAAAAAAAUCGCAUGCAUUUCAGCUGCACUGGCAAGGAGACACUGGUGUGGCAGUGUGGCUUUAAAAAUGACAGCUGUAAGAACAUCCUCUCUGUGGCCUGCAAAGAUAGUGUUGAAUUCGGCUCUACUGAGAAGUGUGGCGGGAAGCUUGGGAUCAGGUAUAAAGGGCAAUGGGAAUAUGUCUGUGGAAAACUGACUGAGGCUGAUACCAAGAAGGUUUGUGAUGUGCUUAAGUGCAACGAUAGUGGAGAACUACUGCUGGAUGAACAGAAAAUAGCAAAGGAAAUAAAGGUGAAAAUUGAUUGCCCAAAAAACCAUUACAAGAUUUUUCAGUGCAUGCACCAUCUCAAAAAAGAUAAAUGCAGUCAUGGACCUGCUGAAAUCAUAUGUGAAGGAGAGGAGGAUGAAUAUGACAGAAAGACAGGUUCUUCUGGGACAGAAUAUGAUGACAUUGAGGGACAAGCCAAUGGAAUCUCUCCUUCUCAAACCCACCAUGAUGAUGACCUCAACCUCCCUCUCCUUCCCAAGAGACCCGAGAACAUUCUUGAUCAGGACACCUAUGAAUUGGAGAUAGAGAAACAGGAGGACUAUGAUGAUGUCGAGGCUGCAGCCAAUGAAAAUGCAGGGACGAUAUGCACACAAGCACAUGUAGAUGUAGACGUGGAUGAAGGUGCAGAUUCAGAUUUAGAUGCAGGUCUAGUUGCAAAUGCAGAUGCGGUAUUGGUGACCACAGAGGUAGAAGUUCACGCUCCAGCAGAGUAAUGAAGCAGCCAACGUGAGCAAAUUGUUCUUUUAAGUUAAUAUUAAUAAGAUUGUAUGUUCUUAUAUCAGUAGAAUAUUGGGAAGAAAAUAUGGAUGAACAAAUGCUGUUUAAUGAUGCUAGCUCUCAAGAUGUAUAAAAGAAGGGACACAUUUGGAAUAACAAAAUCUUUAAUUAUCGUCACAACAGCGUAUGAACUGAUGGAAAGAGCUAAUUUUUGUGCCGACAAACCAGUCAAACGUUUUGUCAUUCUUUAGGUUUUGAUGUGUAGUUUUGAUCUGUGUGCUUUUAGUCUGUUAAAGCUUAUGAGCAGGCCCACAUGAACUCAGAAAACCUUGAAAUUAAAAUGUAAUAACAGGUUAUCGCUAUCUUGUUCAUUUGAUUUGGUAAUAUCUUUUAAAAAUUUACAAAAUCAAUGCUUUUAAAAUUUUCAAGACCAGGUUACGCAAUGUUAUCACAAACAGGAGGCCAAAGUUCACUUGGUU